UUUUUGUUUCUGCAAGUUAAGCACGACUGAAACCAACAUUUAUUUAUGCACUUUACGGUUUUCAUUCGACUCCAGUGAAGCUGCGUGUGCCCUGUAAUAUUUGUAUCAAACAGACCAGUGAAUUAAAUGUGGUUGUCUGUUAUAUUCUGUUAUAAACAAUAGGGUAUAUAAUAAAGUACUUACAAUGAAAUACAAUACAGUACUACAUAUACACAAUGUAAACACCCAACCCACUGUAAGCUACUAUAAAAUGAGGGGAAAAGCCACAAAAAAGCCCCUCUAGCAGCAGAAAUGUCGCCGUACUUUACACAGAAAUGAGCUUGAAACUAGUGGGCGUGGCACAGCACAGGUGAGUGGCAGGACAAGGAAAUCUCGAACACAGGAAGCUGGGAAAGGUAGGCUGUUGUUGUUUUUCUCGGCAUAAACGAAAACAAGAUAACAUUGUGUUUACAGGUAUGAAAUAAUAAUGUUACAUGUCUGUAUUAUUCAUAAUUAAGCCUAGAAACAUUCGCCUUUAGGUAAAAACAUUAAAAAGACGAAACUUCGCAUUUACAGGGACGGAAGGAGCGUUGCUAUGAAUUGUGGGCCUCUUACAGGAAUAUGCGUUUGGUUCCUAUGUUGAAAUAAAACAAUAUAUAAUAGUUUGCAGACUUUAUGUUGUCUUGAUGUGUGUUUACUUAAAAGUCUGCCAGCCCAAAAAUAAUGACCACCUUUUGCCCUACGAGCCACUUUAUGAAUGAAGAAACCUCCUUAUUUGGUCCUUUACUUCACCCAGCCAUUAAACUUUAUUAAAUAACCCUAAAUGCUGCUUCACUGUCCACAGGGGCAGCUACAGAGAUACCAGCCAAGCAUCCACUUUGUUUAUGGGCGUCCAUAAUCUUCUUCUGCAGGUCGAGGAAAAUGCCAGAAAGGGGGAGACACCAUGAGAGGAGUGACAAGAGCAGGGACAGGGACUAUUCACACAAUGGCGACCACGCUUCAUAUGACAGCAGAGGUCGCAACCAAAAGCCAAGAGACGUGGACGAGAGAGGCUCUGCUGGUGACAGGAUGGCCAAACAAAACAGACAGAGGGAGAUGACAACUGCCUCUCACACAGAGACACCUGCUUACAGAGACCAAGACCAUGAAAGACCCUCAAGACUGUCCAGAGAGACUUCAGUGUAUCACUCUGAAGGGGAGUAUUAUGAGCGACAACACAGAAAAGCACUCUACAAUCUCAGAUACAUCCUAACCAGUAGAGGUCUCUGCCAGCUUAUGGAGCUGUUUGUGAAUCUUCUUAUCGUCAUCUGUGCCGGAGUGCCAUACAGCAACAACGGGGGUUACCGCGACCUGGCCAGCCUCGGUGGAGUCUACUAUUAUCACUUUGGUGGAGCCAAUGCCUUCACUGGAGCCGAUGCAGACAGGGUGAAGGAGCUGGACCAGCUGUUCCAUAAACUUAAGCAACCUCCGUAUGUCUUCACCAUGGCCUGCGGUGGGGUUUUAAUGAUCUAUGCCUGUGCCAUGCUUGCCCUGGGGAUUUUCAGAGUCCCUUACCGCUGGCCCCCUGUGCUACUGGGGGAAGCUCUGCUGAACCUCCUGAUCGGCCUAGGCUACAUCCCUGCUCUGGCCUUCUACUUUAUUAAGCUGCAGGGAACCUACAACGAUCCCAUCUGUAAGGAGAGGGAGCAGAUGUACAAGAGCAAAGGGCACAAGGGCUUUGAGUGCCAGUUCAACGGUGCAGAUAUCGCAGGAGGUCUCUUUGGGGUGCUGGGGGUGUUUGUUUUCAUCUUUGGUGCAGUGUUAGCUGUCAGAGCUUUCAGGUCAGUGCGGGAGCUAAAGACGCGAAGGACAAACGAGGACAAUAAUUUCUAAGCUAGCUUUUCUAUUUCACAUAUUUGAACAAAGGUGGGAUUGAGUAGAAAUCCCUGUGACAAGAAAACAUGGAUGUUUUUCUUAUAUUAGGUGUAAUUGUCUGUAAACCGUUGAAUCGGCUUUUUUAUGCACUUUUUAUGCAGUUUUUUUAAAUACCUUUGUAUUUCUUACACUUUUCACUACCUGUUUACAGUGUCUGUUACAUGUUUUAAAUAAAUAUGUAGUUAAU